CACGCCGUCAAAAUAAUUCUUGUAUAAUAUAAAAGCCCUAAAAAAAUUCUUUUCUGUUUCUUCUUCAACUAUAGAUUUCAUCGGACGACAUGGCCAAAAGAUCCUUUAAGUUUGAACACCCUCUUGAGAGGCGACAGGCAGAAGCUGCCCGUAUCAAAGAGAAGUACCCCGAUCGAAUCCCAGUUAUUGUGGAAAAGGCUGAAAGAAGUGACAUACCUGAUAUUGACAAGAAGAAAUAUCUGGUACCUUCUGAUCUAACCGUUGGGCAGUUUGUGUAUGUUGUCCGAAAGAGGAUUAAGCUUGGUGCCGAGAAGGCCAUAUUCAUCUUUGUCAAUAACAUUCUCCCUUCUACUGCUCUCAUGAUGUCCACGAUUUAUGAGGACAACAAAGAUGAGGACGGUUUCCUAUACAUGACUUACAGUGGUGAAAACACAUUCGGGUCAUUCUGAACUGGAAGUCAAGCUUAAGUGCUGAACUAUGUAUAUAGUCAAAGAAAUCAUGUAAAUUCUCCUUAAUUAUCUAUCCUGAUGUUAUCUUUAAUCCAAAGAUUGCUUUGUUCUGAAUGAUGCCUACUUUUUAAAUUUGAAUGCCUUGAUUUGAUCUUAUACCAUUA